AUGAAUACACCACCCCCUGGGAUUUCUCUGCCCGAGUUGGACAUAAGAAAACUCAACACUAGACUUCGACAGCUUACCCCGGAGAUCGACUUCCGAAUAGACACCGCACACUCCAACAAAUGGUCGGCCGAGCUAGCAGCCCACAACCUCGAUGCUCAGGUGGUUUAUGACGCGCGCCAUUCAAUAUCCGAUAAGGACUACUGGCAAGUUGAAGCUUUAACUUUGCUGGAAGCCUACCUACGGCAAUCAUCACAAAGGGACAGAUCCGAGGCGGAACGGUGGCGGAACGUCUGUGUCGGCGUGGAAGCUCUCCUAAAAGAGCAGGGUGUCGACAUUGACGAGCACCGACAAUCCAUCGAUAAUGAGGGUUACUGGGAGCUGGAGGCAGACUGCCUCAAGAUGCACACUGCCCGUCUAGAAAGCGAACUUCUGGAAGGACCUCAGGAGCUGGGGAGCACAAAAGCGACGAGCCAAAAACUCCUCAGUCCUGGCUCUGAAAUCGGGCAAGGGCUUCAGCGACUCCGCAGGCGUAAGCAUCGGCGUAUUCGUCCGCAACAAAGCAGCACCAAGAAUCCCCUCGGUUGUGUUAAGGCUGCAAUCUUGUACCGGUAG